AUGCCGUCUAGAGGCUCCUUCGUCUGGCCAAGUCCUCUCUCGGCUCGAAUAAUCCAGAAUUUUUGGUACUGGAUAAAUAAAGGACCUCGCUCAUUGUAUUGGGAUAGAUUUUUGUUUGUUUACAGAAGCUGGCCUGGUCAAGUUAACGGGAGCUCAGUCAAGUCUGCACCAAAGUCUCCUUCAAAGGCAGGACCUCCAAAAGUUUCCAACGAUGAGGAUCACGCCUAUCAGAAUGGGACGUCGAGUGCAGUGUCGUAUUCUACGCCUCCUGAACCAGCAAGCUAUGAUACAGCGCCGGCGAGUUCUGAUCUGUCGUCCGAUAUGGCAUCAUUCCCUGACCCGCCCUCAUUCCUUACUGAGCAUGCUCCUGUUUCCUCACACAGCUAUAACGGCGCAGGUGAUGCGACCGAUUCCGGUUACUCCGACCACCAGUCCGACGAUCUGCCGCCGCCGCCCUCGACGAUGAGUACAGUACUAUCCACCGCACCGGCGCCAUGGAAUCCGAGCGACAGUUACACGGCACCGGUGAUCCGCAGUGUGAGGGCGCCAAAGGGCAAAUCUGGAAGGUCGCCUUCUCCAGCUGAUUCUAACAGCCUGCACAGUGUACCCGAAGAUGGUGUCAAGGUCAUGUUUGUUCCUAAGAAUCAUUUGGGUAAGCCACCCAGUCAGGUAGCAGGCCGUACUACUACUACUACCAAGACUUUUACUACUUCGUUUCAAGCCCCUACCAAUACUAUCACCGUUGAAGAAGACGAUAUGGCAGCUCCUCCUCCUCCACCACCCCCUCCAAUGGGAGCAGGAAACUAUGCCUGGAAAGCUAAUCCUCCAUCGGCGCCCCGCCCUAGCCCCCCUCCAGCUGCCUACAGGCCGGGUCCACCCCCAGCCCCCAAGGGCCAGCCCCCUAGGUCCGUCUUCCCGCAGCCGCCUCCAUCGAUGCUCAACCAGAGGGCUCAGGCAGCAGUUGCUCCACCUCCAUCGAUGCUCAACCAGAGGGCUCCACCCGUAGCGCCUCCACCGGCACAGAGAGGUCCGCCAGUGGCUCCCCCUCCAGCCCAGCGGGGACCACCGGUCGCACCCCCUAUCGCUCCAAAGGGGCCACCUGUGCGAGCCCCACAGGCCCCGAGGGCACCACCGGCUCCUGCUCCAGCCGCUCCUAGGGGUGGAGGUAUGGCUCCUCUUUCUGCUCCUGCUACUGCUCCUGGUGGUGCGACCCGCACACCUUUCUGUGAUAGUUGCAACGAGCAAGUAAGGGGCUCUUUUGUGACGGCGUUUGGACGCAACUGGCAUCCGGAGCACUUUGUGUGUGCGCACUGCCAUGAGAACCUACAAGGAAAGGGCGUCAUUGAAGAUAAGGGAAAGAUUUUCUGUGAAGAUUGCUAUAAUAGGCUGUACGCUCCCAAGUGUGCCAGCUGUAUGGGGUCUAUUACCGGGGAGUGUGUGAAAGCCAUGGGUGCCGAAUACCAUCCUAAUUGCUUCACGUGCGUGGUGUGCAAACAGCCUAUCACAGGGGAUGGUUUCCACAUGCAAGAUGGUAUGAUGUACUGCAAGAGAGAUUUCCAGAACAAGUUCCGAGGAGUGAACUGUGGGAGCUGUAACUACCCCAUCGAGGCAGGGGAUGCCUGGCUAGAAGCACUGGAUAAAUCUUACCAUGCAGAUUGCUUCUGCUGUGCACAAUGUAACCAGCGCCUUGAGGGACAACGUUUCUACGCAAAAGGGGGCCGCCCUUACUGCCAGGCUCACGGCUCUUAAUGUAACCAUAGCAACGCUCUGCAACACUCGUAGUGUAAAGUAUUUAUUGGAGUUAGUGAAAUUGACACAACUUGUCUUGUAACAUAGCAAUGGUGAAGUUGGACAUCCACUAGGAUUAUGAAAGUUAGAAUUUUCUUAUUAUUUCAUUUUACAAGAGAUAAUUCAUUUGGGAACAAAAGUGAUCAAACAUGAAUCAAUAUUUCAUCGUCAACAUACUUUGGUACUUUAGUAAUUCAUUAUUUUGAUCAAGUAAUGCAGGAAAGUGAAAGUUUCUAAUAUAGUGCAUGGACAUACAUACACAACUUAUUUAUUAUUUGUUCAAGUUUGUAGAUCUAAUAGAGGGAAUAUCGUUUUCCCAACUAUGCUGUAUAAAAAAAGAGUAGUGGUGUAUGUUGUGUGAAUGUGAGAGGAGAGGAGAGAAGAGAAAGAGGAGAUUGAUCAAAAGAGGAUUUUGAUAUAUAUUUUAAGGUACAUUGUAAAGAAAAUAUUUAUGGUAAAGUCAAUUCAACAGUAUAAUGGGUCCUUUGAUUAUCGAUUAAAUGAUUGCAAUUUCUCUUCACUUGUUUUUGCGAUGCUUCGAUGGUGCCAUAUGACUGGUGAAAACGAUGGAUAUACAUCGUUGCAGAGCAAAGCUUUUGUAUACUGUGGUUGCCAGGCGCAUCUGCCAGAGGCAUUCCACUUGUUAAGUCAUAUUUACAAGCCAAUGAUGUCUUCAUCUCGAGAUAUCUUGUUGGACCAUUUUUUUUUUUUUACAAUCAGCAAUACCGGUAGAAAGAAUAAUUUUGUAAACCUCGAGUGCCAUUAAAAAAGGCAGCACUAGCAUUGCGACAUAAGUUUUGUAAUGGCCUUGUUUCGCAAAAGUGUUUUAAUGGGCGUUCAUGAGACAGUUGUCUAAGUUACUUACCCAUUCACAAAGUUUUAUUGGUUCAAGGUGAACUUGAUGUCAAUUUAUAUACACUUAGAGUGUAUAUUGAUGCAUUGCCUGUAAUGUGAUGUCAUAACAAUGGAGAAGGUUGAUGCCAUAUUGCUCAUUGCACAACUCUCACAAAAUCAUUUUGCCUCCGACGAAGAUUCUGCUAGGAUCGAAAGCUUAGGCCCCUUUUGACUUUCUAAUUUACUCCAUUGGCUCUCUUUUAUUAGAUAAGCAGUUUUCAGCAGCUUCUUUUUGCCAAAAUUAUUUUGUAAUUGAAAAAUGGAACUCUAAUUUCAAUCUCUAUCAAAGUUUUCUUACUCUUAGCAAUAGAGUUUAUAGCUAUUUAUUUUCAUUAAAAGAUAUAUUAAACUACAUUACGCAAACGGCUUCAGCAAUAUGUUAUAUGUUAUAAGUAAGAUACAUCUACGUCUUAUAUUGAUGUUAGUAAAAAUUUCUAUGUGAUAUUUAUAUGUAUUUGUGGGGAAUAAUAACAAGAUUUUGUAUAUACUGGCUAGAAUGAACAAUGUGAUCAUGAGCUAACUAAUCUAUAUAGUGCACUAAGAAAUAGGGAUUCUGACAUAUAAUCAUUAGACAGUAAAUAUAUAUAUAUAACAAGUAAUAUGCCAUCAUAGCCUACUGAUUUUUUAAUAGAUAUUAAAGUACUACUGCUUGAAAGCUUAAAGAUGGAAGAAAUUAUGGACAGGUAUUAUGUGUGUGGUAUACUUAUUUUAUGUUGUGAUAAAAUUGUGUAAAUACCCUUUUUCAGAAGAAAAAAAAUGCAUGUGAUUUUAUGUUAUACUAUAUACUAGUAGCAGACUUGGUAUUUUAAGUUUCUGAUGAACAAUUUGUGAAAUAAUGUUUUAUGCAUUUGGAAUGGAGCAGGAAGAGAGAAAUGAAAUUAAGUGCACUAUUUAAUGAAUUAUGGGAUAGAAUUUGAAUUUGAUUUUGCAACAGAUUGUCACCGGCACUGCUUUGAACAUCAUUUACUGUUGCUAUGGUGAUGGUAGUAUCAGACCUUGAUCUUGUAUUUAAUGUGAAUAUGAGAAAAAUUGAAUUGAAUUGAAUUAUAUGAGAUAUUUCAAAUCUAUGGUGUCUUGGGACGAGAAUUGAACAAAAAAAAGAAACAUACUACAAGACAUGAAAAUAUCUGUAAGAAAGAUAUGUAAACGUGGGUGAAACAACCAUGGAAAAAGUGUUUGCUUCACAUUUCACGAUGCUUUCUUACUUUCUGUCGUGUAACAACAAGAAUACCCUUUGCAAAUCAGCCUUGUUUGUCUGAAAACUGAAUGUCUGUUGUUACACCUAUGCGACUGUAGAAUAUAUAUUAAUUUUCUGAAUUCAACCCACAUAGAUUUAAAGCUGAAGUAAUUUGAAUUUGAUGCCUAUAUAUUCACAACAGUAAAUUGUUGACUUUAUCUUCGAUAUUCAAUACGAAAAUGAAAGAGGCUAAAAUUGUCAGGUUUUCUCAAGUCAGGUUUAUUAGUAAGAGGUAUUACAAUGAAGCAACAGUAAUUGUGUCUUAUUAUGUAGCAAUACUGAACAUUUGUGAUAUUUUGAUUAAGUAUGUGUGGUCUUACACUUGCGAAUUUAAUGUUAUGAAUUAUUAUUAUUACCCAUCAUGCUUUGCAAGUAGAUUUCUCGUAGUCUGCUUUUGUUAAUCUCCUGAGCAAAUCCAUGUCUUCCAUUUAUUUCAUUGACCCUUUUCACUGUAUAAUAGAAUCAAUGCAAUUACAUGUGCCUACCAGAAAAAAUGAAAAUUCAAAAAAUGAAAAUUAGCAGCUUUGUCUUGGCUCUCGUAGAUAAGGACAAAAAUAUAUCAAAUUAUGUAUAUGUUGUAACUUAAGAAAUUUGAUCAUGUAUAAUUGUGUUUAUGGGAACCAAAGUGAAUGGUUAUUUAAGAGUGCAGUGAUUACCAAAAAAAUGUUUAAAGAAUAAUUUUUGAAGUAAAUCCCUAAAGGUUAUUACUCUAAUAUAUAUAUUCUGUCUUCCAUUUUUCUCCUUCUUUUUUUUCUUUUUUUUCAGAUUUUUGCCAAUUUGUAUGUUUUAUGUGUAAUUAAUACAAUUGAUUUAAAUAACUCAAUCUACAAGACAUGGAUUUUAUUAUUAUUAUUAUUAUUUCAUUUAAUUUUCUUUGGGGAAAAGGGGGUAGUUUAAACACCUUGCCUUAAGAUUAUAUAACCAUUUUUUUGUUCUCAUGUGUAGAAAACAUUUCAAUUAUUCUAUUAUUAUUGGAUUGGCAAUUUGGACAAUAGUGAAAAAUGAAUUUGAUGAAUUUCAAGACUACAAUUAAUGACUUAGUUACACCUUUUACACAUCUAAAAACAGUAAUAUUUUUUCAUUAUUGUUAUUGAAUUUAUUCUAAUUUAUCAUCACCUUUGUAUAAGAAAGUGCUUUCACUAUUGGGAAAUAAAGCAUGCAAUCUUUUAGCCAACAA